AUGCUCCGACGCCUCAUCAAGCUCUCCUGCUCUGAUCGACGUCCUUACAGCGAAGCCAGAGCGGUCUUGGAUGAAGAGGGCCAAGGCCUUGCAUCAAGCGAAGUUCCAUCGUCGGCGCUCGAAGAAGGGCUCAAGCUGCUUCCGUAUGCAGAGGUUACCUACGAGGAAGACGAGAUUCUCAAGGAAGUCUGUCAAGAACGUGGCCUUCAAGUCCUCGUGCUUGAAGCUAUGAGCAAACCUGGAAAGCCAGCACAUUUCCUGUGCUUCGACUCUGAGAAGAAAGAAGCGAUCCUGUCUAUUCGAGGCACAUCAACGCCGGCGGAUGCAUUGACAGACUUGGCAGGAAACAUAGAAGAACGGGCCGUGGACAACGGCAAACUGUAUGCUCAUGCUGGCUUCUUGACCUCCGCCGAGUCCGUCUUGCAACGAACCGUGCCUGCCCUCAGGGAUCUUCUGGCACCUCUUGGCUAUGGGCUGAUUGUCACAGGGCACAGUUUGGGUGCCAGCACUGCCUGCUUGGUCACCCGACUUCUGCGGGCGCAAAUGGCCGAGUGGAGUGAUCCACUUGCCUCACUGCGAUGUGUCGCCUUUGCUCCUUGUCCCUGCAUGGAUGCAGUGAAUGCUGGGCUCUGUGCAGAUGGAGAGGAUGGACAUCCACUGGUCUUGAGUUUCGUCUGCAAUGACGAUGCCGUGCCGCGUAUCAGCAUGCAGAACCUGGGCCGGCUGUCGUUGCUCGGCAAGGGUGCCUCGGUCCAGGAGGUGAUGCGACUGGCAUCAAGCCGAACUUGUCGGGAGACCGACCAGCAGUUGCCAGGGAAGGUGGUCGUGCUGCACCAGAAGGACGACAAUCCUAUUGACCAGCCAGAAGUCGCAGACACCGACACGGAUGCGAGCGAGGCAUCUGCUUCUGGCACUGGCAAGUGGAUGGCUUGGCUUGGAAGUGCCAGGGAUUUUCCAGAGGUCGGCUACAUUGAAUUGGCUCCCGAGGGUCUCACGAAUCACUUUGCCGCGAAGUACCGGGAAUCCCUGGCUGUCGUGGCUGCCUCGCAAGGCGCACUGUUGGGCGGACCGCGAGCAGAACUCGGUUGGACUGAGUUUGCGGGGCGGCUGCUCACCCGUGUCAAGACACCCUGGCUCACUCGUCGAGGUGCGGCGGACAUCUUUGCACAGCUUCAGGUGCGUUCCACAAAAGCUCCACUCGGUGAAGUGGAAGCCGUCGUGCGAGUGCCCGACUUGGUCCAAGCGCUGCUGGGGUCGGAAGACUUUGCAGUCGAGGCCGCUCGCAGAGUUGUGCGAAUUGUUUCGCGAGAAGCCCGACACCGCGAUCAGGAUGUGGGAAAGCUUUGUCUGGCAGCUGACGUCCUACGUGUGGGGAGCCUCGAUUUGAAGCAGCUGAGCUCAGUGCUGUCCGCUUUGUGCCCGCAGAUGCUUGCAGAGGCGGAUGUCGGACUGCUCUUCUGGCGAUUCUCCGGCGAUGGUGGCUUCUCCUACGACCAGCUGCAGGCCGAGCUGCGUGCAGAGCAGUCAGCUGCAGCUGAGCAUCUCUUGCUGCGCGGCAUGCCGGUGGCGCACCCAGAUUUCGGCCGAGAAGCACAAGGAGUCGAUAGCCACUCUGAGGAGCUCCGAGUGGAGGAGCUCCGAGUGCUUGAGGCUGGAGGGGUUCAGGAGGAGCAGCCCGCUUUCUGUGGGGCAGCAGUUUCAGACAAAGGUCUGGAUGAGAUCCGUGUUACUGUUAUCAUCAUGGGAAUCAUGGGUGUACUUGCAAGCUUCGGGCUCCAACUUCUCUUAGUGCGGAUCGUCUUGACCAUAUAUCGGCUGCCCCGUGGCAACACCGUCGCAAGCGCCGUGAACCAAGACGAGCGAGUCUUCGAGAGUGUCAGUCUUUCCGUCGCACAGCGGCGUCUGGAUUUUUCAGGGAUCCAAGCUGGGCAGGAGCGAAAGAAUCGUUCCUGCGAGGCCGCGGCCAAGAUCCAGGACAGCACGCGCUCCGGGAAGCUCUCCGCGGCCCAGCUGCGAGCGGCCUUGGCGCAGAUGGACCUCGGCUUGAGCUCGGAAGGCGCCGGCAUGUCGGAGUUGGAGGAGUUUGCAGGGCUCCUAGCGGCUGCUACGAAGAAGAAGAUUGAGCAGUUUGACUAUGCCUCUUUGGUCUCUGGUGGAAGCUGGAAGGGUCCGACGAUGGAGGAUGCAGUUGCCACUGUUUGCCGCGGCAGCAAGAGCUUUUCGAAGCCUGCCAGUGCGGAUAAGAGGCAUAUGCUGUCCAUCCUCUUCUACAAGACUGCAGAAGCAGCGAAGAAGUUGGGUUUGUCAGCUCAGCGAGCUUUCGAUGGCUUGGACCGUGGCAGCAAGGGCUUCCUCAACGCCGAGGAUUUGCGCUUGGCCGUGCUUCAGAUUGUUGGAGGAGAUCAAAGUCUCACCUUGAAGGACCUUGGCAUUCUUCCCUCAACAAGGUUGAAUUUUCCGGACUUCGAGAAGCGCUUGAAUUUCGAUUUCGGCCUACUCUCAAAGCACAUGGGCGAGGUCUUUUCUGACCAGCCUUCGAUCAGCGAGUCAGAUUUCGUCAAUCGUCUGAGCCAGAUUGCUGGCCUGGACAAGGAGACUCUGCAAAGCUGGCUACAGCUCCUGUACCCAGGUGGUUGUCCGGUCGAUGGCGUUGGGCGCGGUGCGUGUGAGACUUUCCUCGCGACAACGCCUGCGCUGGUGCCAGGAAGCACAGGUGCUGUCCUCAGACUUCAAGGCUUUAACAUUCGCGCAGAGUUGAUGAAGGAUGCCGAGGCCGAAGGAACAGCUGGCACAAUGCCAGCAUGGGUAGCCUUGUCUCGUGGGCGCGACCUGCUGAAGAAGCUUGCGGCCAAGGAUGCUGACCAGCUGGUCAAAUCCGUCGCAGAGGCAUCAGCCAAGUAUCCGCCGGCCGCGCCUCAAGAGGUUACCUUCAAGUCUGUGACUGGGUUCAGCAGAGCUGCUGAAGUGUUCAUCCGGUACAGCUGCUACGGCACCAAUUGCGUUGCCGAUGCACCAGCUUCAGCACAGAUGGACUUCAGUGCAAGGCAUGUUUUCGGCCUCAGCAGCAGUGACUCGCUGGCCAAGCUUUUUGAAGGACGGGAUCAUGCAUUCACAAUUCAGGCAUGGAUCUCUGUUGCAAAAGAUGAACUCCGACGACCCCUUGCAGUCGCCGUGGUUCCAGCGGCCGAGUUGCGCUCCUUCUUGGAGUCCAGUUUGCUGGAAAGGCCACGCCCCGAAGCGGUUCUUGGAUCGCAAAGGAAGUGGGCUCUCUCCUUCACUCCGGUACCUAUCACGGACUCAAAGCUGAAGAAGCCACCUCUUGAUGCCGUCAAGGGAGACGUAGAGCUGGUGGUGCAUUAUAGUCGUCGCCCAAAUCCGGAUCCGCAGCGAAUGGCUUUACCUUGGAACUCCUCCUUUGCUGGCCGCUUGGUGGUUUGUAGGAAGGGCGUUGCAAGCGUAACCUGUGAUGACCCAGAAGAGGCUCCGAGUGGGCUUGCACCACGAGAAGAGGUGCCAAAAGCACUUCCCCCACCUGGCUCGGUGAUCAUCAAGAUCUCGAUCGCAGGGCUUCAGCUCCAAGCGGACGCCUUGCGUGGCUUGGUGGCUCGUUGUUUGCAAGGCCAGCUGCUAGCUGCGCCUGGCUCUGUCGGGGGCCUUGCCAGCAAGGCGCCGAAAUUCUUUAUGCGCCUUUGCCUCUUUCCCGGAAAGCCGGCUAUGCAAGUCGCGGGCUGCGGUGGCUGGGUGGAAAGUGGAGUGAAACCGGUUCCCGAGAACUUGUUGGCUCCAGCCAGCCUUGCCAAACCUGAUGGGGCGCAAGUGAAAUUCGAUUUCUGCUGGAGCUCACCACCCCUGGAAGCAAGUCAAGCUGUUCAGUCACUUCAGGAUGGGGUUGUGGCCCUGGAAGUUUGGAUUCGACACCCAGCUGCCGACCUGCGCCUGGCCGAGAAGUCCGUGCCGCUCCAGUCACUGCUGGAAGCUGUGUCACCGGAGGACUCCAGCGAACUGCGUCUGCGGACUCUGCAGCCAGCCAGAGUGGACUUGACUGCAGCUUUCGAGCGUGACGGGAAGGCUUUGGCUCAGGUGUCGGCCGGUUCACUGGCAGAGUUGCAGCUCCCCAACGGCCCAGGGACCCUGUCAUGGCUCGUCGAGAAGCCCAAGCCAAAGCCCAAAGAGCCACAGGCUCCUUUACGGGCGGAGUACUUGGUUCACCUUCGAGAGGUCCUUCUAUCUGGAGAUUUUGUGCAGCAUUUGGCCGGCGAGUCUUUGACAUCCGCCAAGGAAGAAGAGCAUGGAAGAAGGUACACGCGAAGAAGCUGGGAUGCCUCCCCGUCGGCUCCGGACCUGCCUCUCUUCUACCUGGAAGUAGCCGAGGGUUAUGUGUCUUCAUGGCCAGGCUCCUCGGGCAGUCGCUUCCGCUCUGCUCCUGUCCGUGGCGCCCUUGAUGGGCAAGGCUGGGUGCGUGUCAAUCCUGGCGAGGAUGCCUGCCUUUCUUUGCCUGGGCGGCACGUCCUCGGAGGCGGAUCCGGGGAAGCGGGAAAGAGCAUGGAUGCCUUGGUGCUGAGUGCAGAGAAACACAAGCUCGGGCUCCGCCUACUUCAGCUCAGUUCUGGUAGCGACACAAAGGCAGCGGCACAAGCUGACGUUGUGCUUCCGCUCGGAAGAGAGGUUGAAGGAGUUCCGUCCAUGUAUUUUGGAGGUCUGCUUUGGAUACCACUGCUUCAUGUGGCCCCAGAGAAUCCUUGCACUCGGGUUGUGGGACGUGCACUGCUUUGUGUCGAGGCUUGCAGGCCCAACGUGUCCAGAGACCUACGGCUCCUAAGGCAGGUGCCUCUGGCACCUACCGGUUUGUACCUUCCGCUUUACAAGGAUUGGGAAGCGCCAAGGCCACCCACUUGCCCGGUUCCGGGACCUGCUUUGUGGCCGCUGGAGUCAGCGGUGCGAGCUUUGGCGGGGGAUGACUUGUGGAAGAAGCUCAGCGAGGAAGCGGUGAAGCCUGGCAUCAUGUCUUCUGGAGCUUUUCAAAAGGCCCUGCAGGCUGCAGCGAAAAGUUCAACGUCCCCGCUUUUCCGUGCAGCUUCGGCUUCCACGAGCAUGCCUGCGGCCAGUGGCUCGGGAAUGGAAGACUUGCACUUCCUGGUGGCGACCCUCGCGCCCAUCAUGGCAGAUGCAGGCUCGAUGGUUCCUUUCAGGCAGCUGCUUCUUUGGAUGGGUCUUCGCAAGCUCGCCCGCUUAAUACUGCCCAUUGCGAGAGGCCUGCUGCGGCAACUUCAGCAACUGGAGCUCAAUGGUGACGCAGGCCUUAGAGGAUCUUCUGGAGCGGUGUCCUUCGCGAGCUUCCAGGCCGUGCUCCAGGCAGAGCUGCAACGGGCGGGCUUACCAGAUCUCCCAGCAGCUCUGUGGCAGCUGGUCUCCCAAAGAUCCGAAUGGCUGGCUGGAGGCCAUUGGCACUUUGACUACAUGGUCUUCCUUUGGGACUUGCAGGCUGCCAGCGGCAGCGAAGUGGCCUUGCAAGGUACACGUGGCCGAGACACCUCCACGGGAGCAGAAAAGACCGGGAAGGCUGGCGCCGAUGUGCUCUUCUGGCCGCUGCGAUCUGAACUUCACCUUCAGAGGCAAGAGCCGACUGUCUCCCCUCGCAGCCCGGUGCAUAGAGAUGCCAUGGCACUUCCAAGGCCGCGGGGAACCUCCACGAGCUUCUCGGCCGGACUGGCACCGCGCCCGCUGCCAUCGCUCCGGGGCUUCGAAGCACCAUCGGCAGCGCAGAUGCCCCCGUCAGGCUCGGUGCCAGCUGUGCAGGCUGUGCAGGCUGUGCAGGCUGUGCCGGCCGGUCUUCCGGGUCUCUGCCUUCCUGGCGCUCCCAGAGCUCGUUCACCGAGCCCCUUCUGGGAUCUAUCGGCGCCCCGUCCGCUCCAAGAGCUUGGGGUCAAGAACGACAUCAAUGAAACAGUGCUGAGGGCUGUGUCAAGGCUUUCUGAUACAGAACUGCAGCUUCGUUCUCUAUCGGGCAGUGAGGAGGAGCAGCUGCAGCAACUGCGUGCAAGACACCAGCGGAAUUUGGAAAGCCUUGGCAUGCUACAAAAGUCCAUGCUGAUCCCAUCGGCGACAACGACCACCAUUCCAGCUGCAGCGGCUUCAGAUGCUGCACGCGAGAAUCGCGAGCGCAUUGCUUUGGAGAGCAUUGGAUCUACACCUUUGCUUGGCGUUUCAGCAUUGCUGGACCUCGCAAAUGCGAGUGCUUCGUUUCCAGAGAAGACUGGGGCUGGGCUGGGCCUGGGUGCUGGACCCUUGCCGCCAGCUCUUGGGUCGUCUAUUGGCCCUCCGAGCCCACCAGAAAGCCCGCAGCCCGAGGCACGGCCUCCGAAUCUUCAGCUCGACGCCUUGAGUCAGACUGCUGGGCCAUUGCCGCCGCCAAGCCCAUGGAUUGCGGAAGCAGAAGGCUCUGAAAGUGGUGUGGGCAGCGGCUGGGCAUCUGGCACUGGCAGGACAAACCAGCCGCAGCCGACUGAAGAUGACUUGGCCCGCGUGUGA